AUGGAAAUAUUAGAGGAGCUGAAUGGUGGAAAGCAAGAAUAUUUUCGUCUAACUCAUUUAAAAUUUUUACUUUUAACAGAAAUUAGCAGAGUACGGAAAGACAUGUACAAUGACACAUUAAAUGGCAGUGCGGAGAAGAGGAGUGCGGAAUUGCCUGAUGCUGUGGGACCUAUUGUUCAGUUACAAGAGAAACUUUAUGUGCCUGUAAAAGAAUACCCAGAUUUUAAUUUUGUUGGGAGAAUCCUUGGACCUAGAGGACUUACAGCUAAACAGCUUGAAGCAGAAACGGGAUGUAAAAUUAUGGUCCGGGGAAAAGGCUCAAUGAGGGAUAAAAAGAAGGAGGAGCAAAAUAGAGGCAAGCCCAAUUGGGAGCACCUCAAUGAAGACUUGCACGUACUGAUUACUGUGGAAGAUGCUCAAAACAGAGCGGAGAUCAAACUGAAGAGAGCCGUUGAGGAAGUGAAGAAAUUACUGGUACCUGCAGCAGAGGGAGAAGACAGCCUGAAGAAGAUGCAGCUGAUGGAGCUUGCGAUUCUGAAUGGCACCUACAGAGAUGCCAACAUUAAAUCACCAACAGCCCAGGCUGCUCCAAGGAUUAUUACUGGGCCUGCGCCUGUUCUCCCACCAGCUGCCCUGCGCACCCCGACGCCAGCUGGCCCUACCAUAAUGCCUUUGAUCAGACAAAUACAGACCGCGGUCAUGCCAAAUGGAACUCCUCACCCCACUGCUGCAAUAGUUCCUCCGGGGCCUGAAGCUGGUUUAAUCUACACACCCUACGAGUACCCCUACACGUUGGCACCAGCUACGUCAAUCCUUGAGUACCCUAUUGAACCUAGCGGCGUAUUAGGUGCGGUGGCUACUAAAGUUCGAAGGCACGAUAUGCGUGUCCAUCCUUACCAAAGGAUUGUGACCGCAGACCGAGCCGCCACCGGCAACUAACCUAUGACCUUCUGACCUCUGAACUCUUCACCCAAUGAUGACCUGACCAUGCCUGCCUGCUGAUCAGUUAACUGGUAAUCGCCUUUGCUUGCCUGUCGUCAGUGCAGCGAGCUGAGGCACUUGUCCGUUCGUCUUACCAUCUAACCAAACAAAAGACAAAGAAAUUGUUGUCCUCCAACUCAGCUUUUGGUUUCUGCUGUUAUUUUUUCCUGUUUGGGUGAAAAUGGUUCUAGAACCUGCACUGAAGUAGUAAAGCAAUAAGGCCCAAUUCAUCCCACAGCACUGACCAUCUCUCCAUGCCCCACCCUAAGCGAACGGUAAGAAGGCCUCCCUUCUGGAGGGAGGCAGACGGCCCUGAACUACUCAGUGACAGGCGGUUACUGUGAGGGACUUCCUAGGAGCCCUUUCCUCAUAGCGAGUCCAGCUCUGAAUGCACUGUGUGGUGAUGCAUCAUGCAUGAACCUUCGGUCAGGGAUGUCAGUGGUGAAGCGAUUUCACAAGUAUUCAAAAUUUGAUAUGCUGUUUAGUCACUACAGUGCCCUCAAAGGGCAGCAUCGCAGCCUUUUAUGUUGCCUGCCAAAUUGGAAGUAUCGGGAGUGUGCCAUGAGAGAAAAACUUGAGGAAUUUUGAAAAGUAAUGCAAAGAACAAAACUGCAACACUAUUUUUAAAAAGAUAAAUAUCUGAGUUAAAAUUACUGAACCUUUAUUUUACAGCUCCUUAAAAACAUAUGAGAACAAGGUACAUGCAUUAUGUGUCACAUUACUGGGCAAACUGUUCAAAUAUUUUUUUUAAACCUCCCUGUAUAGAAAAAAAUCAUUAAGGAUGUAAAAGCCAUGCUUGCCUAUUUGCUGUAUACAUGUAAUGAAAUUGUAGAUAAAGUGUAGUGCAUUGAAACAAAUGAACAAAAAGUAGAUACUUUUACUAUACAAGGGUGCUGGUGCAGAAAAAAUAUAUAUAUUUUUGGAAAUGUAGCAUUUUAUACUUUCAAGUGUUAUAAAAAAAAGAAAAAGAACAAAGAAACCCUUUAUUUCAUUAAAUGAUUUUUUCUGGUGGUUGUCAAGAAACAAAAGACCAAAAGAGCCUUUUUGUCUUUCUUUUUUAUUUUUUAAGUAUUGGAAUAAGUCUAAAGAAAAGGAAGUGCCUUAUUUUUCUUCAUGGUCAUUUAGUCAAGUGUCUCGUAAGAUCAGCUCCUCCCUCAGAAUACAAGUUAAUGCAUGUUACUCAGUCGCCCAGUAUGUGAAAGAAGAUGUGAGGGAGACAGAUGAGUUGAUAGUUUGAAUUUCAUAAUUUUUGCCACUUUACCUUGAUACAAAUUUGCCAAAUCUGAUACUGUGAAAAAAAAUGGAUAAUUUUUCUAAUGCCUGACACAUAAGUUUUGAAACAUUCUUUUAAAAUCAUAAUUGAUUGCUUUUGAUUAUUGCAAUAUUUAAUGUUACCCUAAACGACUCUGAGAUGAAAACUGAUUUGAACAUCAGUUUACAGACAGAAUUCGAGCUCUUUUUUUAUUCGGAGACGAGGGUGUGUAAUUGACCCAGACUUGAUCAGACUUCUUUCUGCCACACCAGGUCCCGGGGGCAGUCUCCCCUGCUAGUUUUACUAACCUAAUCUGCCCCCACACACCCCAACACACUUAUUUUUAACUUUAAAAGAUUGUGAAAAACGAGCAUCAUUGUGCACAUGUACAAGUACUCCAACUACACCUGAGUUGAAGCUUCCAGUUUCUCAUGAAGUUCGGUUAGUGCUGUAGUUGAAGGGGUUUGUGCACAGAGCCUGCAUCUAUCUAAACCCUCAAUUAACUGCUCAGUACCAGGCGUGGCAAAUAUCAAGGGGCAGCGGGUCCCCAGCUCAUCAGCUCGUCCUUCUUACGUACCUGCACAGUCAAGGUCAGCAGCAGCUCAGCGAGCACCCGUGGUGACCGGCACCCUCUCCCUUGGAACCGGUUCAGUUCAUUCUAUGCAAUAGACUCAUUGUUUCGUAGCCGCCAGCUUCCGUGCCAUGUGCCACUGCUUCGUCUUUCUGUUACACAGACAGUUGUUUUGAUUUAUUUACAAUAUGUGAUGUGCCAUUUUGAUUUUGAUUUUGGUUGGUUGGUUGAAUAAAUUUGCGACACUCAAACACUUGAGGUGAUAGUAGUUUAAAAACAGUACCAGUAUUUGAUCCAGUUUCAUCUCAGCUGUGUUAUACCUGGACAUUUUAGAUGUUUAUCAAAGGUCUUUUAUGGGGAAGAAAGAAAAUGUAUGAAAUAGAUGUGUGACAUUUAUGAGUAAUGUUGGCUCUGAACAAACUUUUGAAAACUUAGUUGAAACAAUUUUGGAUCAACUAAAAAUAAGCAUGACUUUUGAAAUCUCUGAAUGCCUUGGUUCUCAGUAUUAUCAUUCUUUAUUGAAUUUAUUUCUUAUUAAAAUAUGUAGUUUUUAAGACUUUUUUUGACAGUAUUAUGUAAUUUUCUAGCGUGGGUAGAUGGGAGUGUCGCUUGUAUGUUAUCGUACAGCUGACAUGUAUUUUUGUCUAUUCUUUAUUAUCUUAGUAGUUUCAUGCUAUGUAUGUACCAUAACCAACCUAUUGCCUAUGAGAAACAUGUAAGAUAAUGUAUUUACAGCCAUUGUUACAAGUUUAUAAUGUAUUUUUCUAUCUUGUUUUAUAUGUAUGUUAUAUAACAUUCAAAAAGAAUUUUUUUCUUGAUUGAGAAAAGGAUACAAAAUGCAAAAUCCACAAUUUUGAUAACUGAAAAUUGCCAAUUGUUUUGCAGUACUUUAUUAUAUUGGGUGUCUUGUCUUUCUUGGGCUUUUUAGUUAGCUAAUGAAUGAAUACAUUAGAUACUUUUGGGUUUUAGUUGGGAUUUUACAUAGCUUGCGUUUUAAUUCUUUGGUUCUUUGCUGUUUCUAUUAACCCAUGGCAUUAUUUUAAUAAAUGUUAUAAUACCAACCUACUAA